CUGUCUAUACUUGUCAUUAGGCUAUACCUAAGAACCGUAGCAAUAGAAUUUCAGUAAGGCGAAUGUCUAUAUUUUUGGUACUGCAAUGUAUGGACGACCAAUUGUGCAACGCGUUUGUUUGAAACAUUACUAUUACGCCUUAUGAAAAAUGUGUAUUGCCAACAUAACUAAUCAAUAUACCGCAUUUUAUGUUGCUACACUGUCAACAUGAAAGAUUCAUAAAAAGAUCAUAACCUAUAAAUUAAUUUGUGGUGUUUAUUAAACUGGAAAUAAAAAUAAUGUCAUUGUUUCCUGCUUAUUCAAAUGAAAACGUAAUUGAAUCACCAAAUAGCAAUGUUUCACAACAAUUGCAAAAAGAUAAUACAUCAACAAAUUGGUUAUCAAAUUCAAGUUUUCAAACAUAUUUACAAUCGCAAACACUUGUAGUAGAUAUUUCUUCAGACAAUUCGUCAGAUAAUGAUUUCUCUACUUCCACGGAUGUUCCUAGUUCUAAUACAUCUUCUCACGAAAAUAAACAUUCCUAUUAUAAUUCCAUUAAAUUGGUUAAAUCACGUACAAGUGAGGAAAGAAAAAAAACAUCUAAACAUACAAAAAAACGUAAGAAAGAACGAAAAUCUAGUAGUAAAAAGAAAAACAAAUAUGAAUAUGAACGAGAUGUAGCAAAUGUAUAUUUUGAAGACAAACAUCGAGAUAGAGGAAACAGUACAGUAAAUACAUUAUGUUCUAGAGCAAGACCAUAUUAUAAUGUCGGACAAAAAUAUCUUGGUUUUGUCUCCUAUAAACAAAUUAAAAAAAAUAUUUAUCAAAGAUAUCAUGCGUAUAACAUUGAUCUACCAGAAAAAACAAAAAAGAAUGAUUUAAUAAUUAAAAGAGAAAUCGCCAAAGAUACAACAAUAAAUAAAAAUGAAGAAAUUCCAUCUUGGUGUACAAAUUUAGAAGAAGAGCAAACAUUAAAAACACGAGAAUAUAAUGAAAAAUUAUUGGAAAAUCCUAAAAACAUAAAACUAUGGUUGGAAUACAUUGAGUUUCAGGAUACUCUGACUAAAUUUCAAAAACAUCAGUUAGCUAAGAAUAUUCAACGUUCUACAGUUUUAAGGAAGUUAUCAAUAGUUGAAAAAGCUUUAGAAAAAAAUUCAGAUUGUAUAGAAUUAUUAAAAUUAAAAUUGCGCUUUAUGGAAGAAAUAUCACCUGCUGACGAAUUUUCAAAAGAAAUGGAAACAUUAGUUAACAAGGACACAGGAAAUGUUAUUCUAUGGCAAGCUUUAAUAAUGGCUACACAAGGUUCAGUAGCAAUGUGCACUGUCCCUAAAGUUUUAGAUUUAUAUACAAAAUGUUUUUGUAUAUUAAGACAACGAUCUCGGACAAAUCCGCGCAUUUAUGAUGAACGAUUAUUAGAAAUGCUAUACCAGUGCUUAGUUUUCUUGAGACAUACUGGUUUGUGGGAACAAAUGUGGGAAACAAUACGUUUAAAUCUAAUAUUAAAUCUCAAUCUGAAUAGAGAUAGUUUGGUUUUUAAAAAAAUUAUAGAUGAAAAAAAACUAAUUGGAAUGGAAGAGGUGGUAUUAAUGUCAAGAUUGCCAUUAAAUCAACUAUGGUUGAGAACAGAAUCAUUAAGAGAAAAUUGUCAUUGGAUCAGUGUUAGUAAAGAGGAAUUAGAAUUAGUUGGGGAUUCUCGUAGGUUUGUUAUACCAGAAGAUGUUGCCGAUUUUGUACAUCCAAUAAUUAGUCGUGAUUCGAAUUUUCGUAUGGCAAUUUAUAGUCUCUUAGUUUUAAAAAUACCGCUAUUACCAACAAGAAAUUGCAUCUUGAAGAAUUUAGGUCUAAAAGAAUUUGCAUGGGGUGUGGAUUCUUCAGAAGUAUUAUUUCCAUUUGCAUAUCCGAUAGUAGGUGAAAUGGCUGGUCAUAAAAAAAGGAAAGCAUUAAUGCAUGGGAUACUUGAAGGACAUUUAACUUCUGGGCCUCAGUAUCUUAAAUUUCAUCCUGCACAAGAACCAUACUUAGAUUUUAUACGUGAAACAUUUCAUACAAUUGCUGAUAAUUUACCAAAUCUUGAGCGCAAUAAUAUAUAUGUAUGGUGGUUGAGAUUUGAAAGAUUACUUGUUUUUCUUAACAAAGAUGAGCCUUUGAAAUAUGAUAAUAAGGGAAAAAAAUUGAAAUCUAUAUUGAAGGAAUUUUUAAAAAAAGAUGUAAAUAGAAAUAACUUACAUUUUUAUAAAGAAUAUGCUUUAAUAGAAAGAGAAAUGGGUAGAUUUGAAAGCUGUAUUAAUAUUUUAGAAACGGCUAUUCAAUCUAAUUGUACUUGUCCGUCUAUGAUAUCAGAUCAUGAAGAAAAAGCUGCUUUAUUUAACUUGUAUAGGACACUUUUUGAAACUUUAUUAAAUACUGAAACAUAUAAAGAAGCACACAAAGAAAAGAUAUUAAAUGUCAUUAAGCAUAUGGUACCAGGAUCAACUGAUACUCAAUUAUUACUUGUUGAGAAAUACUUAAGAGAUUGUGUCAACAAUUUUUUAAAGACAGAACCAAUGAAUAAAGAUAUAGAUACGUUUUUUUUACCAAAUUUGGAUUGUGACGUCAUUGUAUGUUAUACAUUAUUUUUAUAUGUAAAAAAUAAUAAUAUUGAAGAAAUUAUUAAUAUAUACAAAUGUUGUAUAGAACAUUGCAAAGAAUCCCACUUACAGGAAAUGAUAUAUGAAAGUGAACUUGUAAUUUUACAAUUACAUUAUGAAAACUUUCCAGAUCUGGAUAAUAAUUUGAAUAAAAUAUUACAUGAUAUGUUAGAAUUAUAUCCAGAUAAUUUUUAUGCACUAUCGAUUUAUGCCCAUAAACAGAGUGAAUUACCAAGUUGGAAAAUUAACAAUACAAAAUCCGAGUUUUCAGUUUGGAAAGCAUUAUCCUUGUGUUUAGCUGGACGUAAACGAACUCAUUUUUUAAUGCAACUUGAUCAUGAUGCAGCUUGUGCAUCACGUAACAAAUUAUUGUCACUUCAUAGAAUAUUUGCAAGAACACCAGAAAUAAGAUAUUGCCCACUUUUAUGGAGAAUAUAUAUGCUUCUUCUUCGAGAACAUAAUUUAUGCGAGAAAAAAGGAGAAGAAGUUUAUCAUGAAAGUGUAGCAUUAUGUCCUUGGGCAAGAAGUAUUUAUAUUGAUGCGGCUGAAGUUGCACCACAAUUAUUAACACAAAUUCAAGAUGUGAUACGUGAAAAAGAAUUACGAAUGCAUGUUACACCAGAAGAAUUAAAUAUUUUGCGUGGUCAUUUAUAAAAAAUAGUUAUUUAUGUACAAUUUGUUUCUAAAUAUAAAUGUU